CCACACAUGCAUAAAUCUCCAUUGCUAUCUCCACUUUAAUCUCUGCAAAUUCCCCCACAAGAGCGCUAAGUAAGCUCUGAAAUUUGCACAUCAUGGGCUCUCGGACACCAUUAUUCCUCCUCCUCGCCUUCUCUUUCUCUCUGCUUUCUCUUCUUUCAGGGUACCAUGUGCAUGGUUCCAGCCAUCAUCAUCAUCAUCACCAUCACCAUCACCAUCAUCAUCACCGGCAUAGCCAUCAUGACCUUGGUCUCCGUCUAUUUGGGUUCAAACCCCAAACACUGUUUGUGUUUGGAGACUCGUAUGCUGAUACGGGAAACAACAGAAAAGCAGUGGCUAGUUCAUGGAAAGUUCCUUAUGGAAUCACCUUUCCCGGCAAGCCCGCCGGCCGUUUCUCCGACGGCCGUGUCUUCACUGAUUUCUUCGCAAAAUCUCUGGGGAUAAAGUCGCCGAUACCAUUCAGACUGAGGAAGUACGUGCCAAUGAAGAAGUGGGAGAGUGGGAUGAACUUCGCGUUUGGGGGAACGGGGGUGUUUGACACGUUGGUGACGGACCCAAACAUGACAGUACAGAUUGAUUUCCUUCAGAAACUCAUCCAAGAAAAGGUCUACACUCUGCCUACUCUUCAACAGUCUGUUGCUCUCGUUAGUCUCGCCGGCAAUGAUUAUGCCGCUUUUCUUUUCAGAAACGGCUCUUCUCAGGCUUUACAAGGGUUUAUUGUAGAAGUGGUGAAGCAACUAGCGGAUAACUUGCAGAGAAUUCGCCGGCUGGGGGUUCGGAAAGUGGUUGUGUCGGGGUUACAGCCGUUGGGUUGUUUGCCGCAGAGCACGGCGGCAACCGCCUUCAAACGAUGCAACGGAACGGAAAAUGCACUCGUCAGCUUCCACAACGCCUUGUUGCAGCAAGCCGUCACCACCUUCAACAACCAAACCAAAGACAAUUCUUUCAUCAUCCUCGACCUUUUUAACUCUUUCAUGACUGUCUUCAAAAACAAAGGAGAACACCCAGGGAGUUUAACGUUUGGGAAUCCACUGAAGCCGUGUUGUAUUGGAAUAAGUAGAGGAGAUUCAUGCGGUUCAGUUGAUCCCAGCAAUGGAGGAAAAAGAUAUACGCUUUGCGACGAUCCUGAGACUGCUUUCUUCUGGGAUACUGCUCAUCCAACUCAGCAGGGAUGGCGAGCUGUUUACUCGGUCCUAAGAGCCAAUCUUCUACGAAGCUAAUUUUUCUUUUAUAAUAAGUUAAAUAGUUUUUAUCUCUAUUCAUUUCUUUGGCUUUGUUUCUUUUUUCUCUUAAUUUGAUUUUUGUUGUCUUAAUAGUUAACAUGUUGUAAAUUAGAUUAAGUUCAAAUUUUAAUUUUAAUUUAGAUUAUUUGUGGAAUAAAAUGAUAAUUAAUAAAGGGUUCAAAUGGUCUUCAGGGUCAAGGGUUUAUUCCUUACAA